GGUGCGAAGGUGGAAGUGAGGUUGACAAUUGAAUUGUAGUCCUUCGUUGUUUUCAAGUUUUUUAUUAUAGAUGUACAUAUUCAGUUCUUUUCUAAUUAAUUAUUUUUAAUGUAAUAUGGCAUUAUGUACUCCCUGUGGAAAGUUACACUUUUUUUUCUUUUAUUCAUAGUAUUUAUUACAGGGUCUAAGAUUCAGCAAUAUGCUGUAGACGUAGGACGCAACGCAACGAUACCAUGUAGGAUUUCCAAUACUCCUAGUGAAGUGAAUUGGGUGAGAAAAGGAAAGGGAAGGUUGACAAUUCUUGAUGAUGGUUCCCUUUUUCUGAAUAACGUUAGUCUUAACGAUAGUGGCAUUUAUUUUUGCAUUUCAUCAGGAGAAGAUGGUAAUGACUUGAAUUACACAGUUAAUGUUAAGGUUCGAACAACCCCUAAUGCAUUAAACUUCACUGUACAUCCGAAGACAGUGAUUGCACUCCUCUGCUGGGAUGUAUUAAAUACAGGUGGUUAUCCAAUAACUGGCUUUGCAGCUGAGUACAGGUUGUUUAAUAGUAGUGAAGACUGGAAAGUGAUAUCUUCUAGAAUAAGCUCAAAUUCACGAACUUAUGAAGUCUAUAAUUUAAAACCUAACACCACUUACACAUUUAGAAUGUGGGCUACAAAUCAACUAGGUCAAGGUGCUAUCACUGAAGUGCAUAAAACUACCUUACACAAUAACCAAAGUGCUGAAUUAGCGAGACAUUUUUUGACAAAUGCCCAUACAUUUGAUACCAGGGUAUGGGCCAUUGCUGUAGGCAUUGUCAUGGGUACCCUUUUAGUAUUAGGAACUGGUACUAGUCUUCUUCUCUACCAAGAAUGCCGAACACCUAAUGGCUCUGAUGCACAAGAAAUAAUCGAAUUGGUUCCGAAUAUAAUUUUAAAUCCGGGGUUUGAAGAGCGCGGUGGUCUCGCUGACGAAAAUUCUAAUAACGAAACGGCUGUUCAUCUGAAUAAUAACAGCGUAGUUCAGCCCCAGAACAUGUAGAUUUGUCUUUUUUGUUGCUGAAACGUGAUAUCUGAU